GUGAGCAUCUCGUCCAGAUUGUUACCCCGUUGUCGCGUUACUUAUUUUAUUUCCGCGUAAAAAACUGAAUUUUGUGAAAAGAAUUAAAGUUGAAUUUAAUUUAAAAUGAAUAUCUUUCAAUUAUUUCUAAUAAAUAUACUUAGAGACAAAUGUUACAAAGAGACGUCACAUGUUCUCUACGGAGUUUAAUUGACUUUUUCAUAUAAUAUUUCUCUGUGAUUAACAAUUUCGAUGUUGAUUUACCGAGAUUUGUUCGGAUCCCGAACUUUUUGAGCUGUCACGCAUAAAAAGUCGAUACUUUGCUAUUCAAAUAUCGAGCGAGCCACACGAGAUUUAAUAAACCCGAUCGGCCGAAUUCAUUUUGAGAUAUCGAGGUGCUGUGAAAUUAUACGAUACAAAUUCGAUAUAGAUGGUUAAGUUUCGUAUAGGCCCGAAGGUGACACGCGAUACUGAAAUUCAAACCCCCUUCAGCGGUUUCUUAGCAAGAAUUAUCGUUAAUGCCAUGUUUAAAAUUAAAUAUACUGGCAAUCAAGCUCUCAAUCAUAAAUCUCAAUAAUUAUAUAUCUUUAAAUAUAUAAUUAAACUUAAGAGCUUGUUCAAAUGUCAAUCUCACGUUUGUCAGAAAAUUUGCAACUAAAAAGGCAGAGAAAAAUGCUUCCCGUGUAUAGUGCCAGAGAAAAUUCACUCUAUAGACUCAUCUGGCCUUCGAUAGCUUUUUACUUGACAUUUUUGGCGGAAAUUGCCUCACUCGAAGUCUCAGAGAAUUUGCGAGAAUAAACCUGAUAAAUGCUGGAUUUCUUCUGUAAACUUCUAACAUUUAAUAAAUUAUAAUUUAUAAAAGGCGUAACAUUUUAUGAGAGGAGGGAUGAAGAUAAUAGCUCAUAGACAAGUGAAUAAACAUUUAUCACAGUUUUGUGUGAAACGCGAGUAAAAAUUCCGUGAAGAAAGUGUAAAAUGCCGGUUGUGUCUGAAAUUCAGACAAUGAACUAUUUACCGAGAACGAAACAAGAGAAUCAAUGAUGUCGAGAGACGAACAGUAGAAAUUGGAAAAAAAUACUUUAGAUCGGCAUAUAAGGACUCCGCACGUACGUGUUAUCAAUCGUGACUGGAGGUACUAAUCCUGAGGACUCUACCGAGGCUCAUCAUGCUGGUCCCGGAGGGCAAUUUAACAUCUUGGGCCAGUAACUUGACAACGCUGCUGCACCGGGUGUCCUGCAACGACACUCUUUUGGGCUGUGUCGAAGAGUGCGACAUCGUGUCCAACGGAUUCGAUUACCUUUGCACAGCGAUUGAGAAAGGAACCACUUCUUCGUUGACGCUAUUUUGUACUCCUUGCGAUUAUGCGAGUUGUAACGUCAACGUGUCCUUGCUCCUCAACGACCUCGAGAGCAUUGAAGGUGUCUUUCUAUCCAGGAUACCGAUGAAGGAUUGUAAUGCCACGUCCAUCGAGGAAGAAAUUUUGGAGUGCUCGUCGGUCCGGAACAUCGCCGAAGACUUGGCCAUGUCCUGCUCGCACCGGCCCAGAACCGGCAGCGCGGAAAUAACCCAUCGCUUCGACUGGAGCUUCCUAUUCGUGGUGGUGUUCAUAAUCGCCGGUGGACUGGGAAACAUAUUGGUUUGUCUCGCGGUGGUACUGGACAAAAGACUCCACAAUGUGACAAACUAUUUUCUGCUGUCGCUAGCCGUGGCGGAUCUCCUUGUCAGCCUCUUCGUCAUGCCUAUGGGUGCCAUACCUGGCUUUCUGGGGUAUUGGCCGUUCGGCGUGGUCUGGUGCAACGUAUACGUGACAUGCGACGUGCUCGCGUGCUCGGCGAGUAUAAUGCACAUGUGCUUCAUCUCCGUGGACCGUUAUCUGGGUAUCCGUAAUCCGCUCAGGACACGUCACACAUCCACGAAACGAAUGGUGGGCUUCAAGAUCGCCGCGGUCUGGCUACUAGCCAUGCUAGUCUCCAGCUCCAUCACGGUGUUAGGUAAAUUACCCCCUUUUACCUCCGUCCUCCUCUCCUUCGUAUCAUCACUGACGAUCUACGAAGGCUACCUUUGUAGUAGAGAAAGCUCUCCCGAUAUGGACCAGCACGUAUCUCAUAAAACGGGUAAGUGCGAGCGCGCGAUGAAAACGCGCGGAAUCGGUAAACAAUUCCUGAAAUGAAACGUAUGCGAGGAAACGGAAGAACUAGACUGCCGUUUCAUGUUUGCUCUCACACACGUAGAACAUACACAAUUCCUUUUAUUCCGGGUAAUUCUAUUCCAGGAUAAAUCGUCCGUUGCGUUUAUUCAUUGUAUCAAUCUUUACGGCGAAGAACUGUUCUGCUAAGGAUCUUUAUUAUAAAGUUGACGAAUAAUAUAGGACUUUAUUGGAUCUCUCAUUUCUUUAUAAGCUGCGAAACGCGCGCAUCGCUCGUUCUGAAAUUUUUAAGCGAAUUAAACCUCAUAUUCCAGCGAAAACUUUCCAAAAGAGUAAACUAUUUUACGAGGAUGCAUCGUAUACCUCUCACGAAAAAUUUAAAUCUUAAACCGAUUAUGCAUAUUAGCGAAUACGGAGUUUUCUCGACUUAAUGGAUAUUUUCCACUUGCCAAUUAAGCGUACAUUAAUUUAAUAACUUUAAUAAUUGCAGCAUCUGUGUAUCUUUCCUUCCUUUUUCACUGCAUUUGUUUUCUCUUCGUUGUUAUACUGAUUGAAAAACUGAAUAUAUCAGCUAGAUUAUUUUUCAUUUUUCGAUAAUUGCGAAAAAGUCAAGGUGAGAAAAUACAAGCGAUACUUAUACCUCGACGGAUCGAUAGAGGACUUCGUAUUUUUAUGAGCCGAUAAUUUUCACUGUAUUCUCGCAAGAUGAGCGAAAAAGCGUGACGACACCGCGAUGCUUUAUCGGCAUGAUACACAUUUAUCAAGGCUCUCGAUGGCCGUCCUGAUCGAUAAUAGAGAGAGUAACCUCUCCUUCCAUCUUUUCAUCUCUUGUAAUGCAAAUAGUCCAAUAGAAAUUUUAACUGGGUGAGUUGUACCUACCAAAUUUCUCGAAAUUGUUGUAAUUUCACGUUUACUUCCUCAGAGAGGAUCGAUUGCGCAAAGUUAGAUCGAGAGAGAGUUCAGGUUCAGUCAUAUUUGGCAGUAACGUCUCUUUGACACAAGUACACUGUAGAAAAAACUAUUUAAAUCCAAAAAAAUAUUUAUUUAGAUUGUGUGGCCAAGAGCUUAUUUACCUAAUAUAAUUUAAUGAUUAAACGAACUUACCUGUAAGUGAAGUUCUAUCAUAAUUGUAUGAAGCGCCUCUCCCGAAAAAUAACACGUACUUAAGUACUCCCUACUCUGUGUCGAGGCGCCACAAUCUUUACAGUUAAAACAAAAGUUUUUGUCCUUCCUAGAGGACUUCUCUCGUGUUCGCGCCCAAUCCGUCAUUUUAUUCAAAGUUCAACCGUAGCCCUAAGUUACGGGAUCCGAAAUUGUCGGAUAUGGA